AUGAGAAUUAACAGCACAAACAGUACAAAAGCAAAGUGCACUGAUCUUCAAAUGCCAUUCCAGUACACUCUUUAUGCAACCACCUACAUCCUCACUUUCAUCCCCGGACUUCAGGCCAACAGUGCAGCCUUGUGGGUUCUGUGUCGCUUCAUCAGCAAGAAAAAUAAAGCCAUUAUUUUCAUGAUCAGCCUCUCUGUGACUGACCUUGUUCACGUGCUGUCUUUACCCCUCCGGAUUUACUACUACAUCACCCACCACUGGCCUUUCCAGAGGACCCUUUACCUGCUAUGCUUCUACCUGAAGUAUCUCAACAUGUACGCCAGCGUUUGCUUCCUGACGUGUAUCAGCCUUCAGAGGUGCUUUUUUCUCCUCAAACCCUUCAAGGCCAGAGACUGGAAACGCAGGUAUGAUGUGGCAAUCAGUGCUGCCAUCUGGGUCAUCGUGGGGACUGCCUGUUUGCCACUUCCAUUUCUAAGAAGUUUGGGAUUAUGCAACAACACUGAAUCCUGCUUUGUUGAUUUAGGGCUUCAACACAUUAGCAUGUCUUCCGCUAUUAGCCUGGUAACUGUUGCUGAACUUGGGGGAUUUGUAUUAUCUGCUGUAACUAUCACAUAUUGCACAGGGAAAAUAAGGAAAUGUGUACAGGAAUUCCAAGGUCCCUUUCAGAAUACUCAGAAGAGAAAAAAGCCUUUGUGGAUGGCCCUGAUGUGUGCAGUGGUGUUCAUAUGUUUUACCCCUUACCACCUCAACUUCCCAUUCUUUAUAAUGAUGAAGCAAGGUGUCUUUUUGAACUGUUCCUUAAUUAAGAGCACUCUUUGCUUCCACAUCAUUUCCCUGUGUCUUGCAAGUCUGAACUGCUGUCUUGAUCUAGUUCUAUAUUAUUUUAUGGCCUCAGAAUUCCAUGAUAGAUUUUCGAAACAUGAUGGCUUCGUUCUUCCAUCAUGUGUGAGAUGUAAAGAUAAUGCUUCAGAAAAUCAUCGCAGAAAAGAUGAUUUUCAAACUCUCUCGAAUUUUUGGAUAAUUCCAAGACAAUGUAAUCAAUUAAUUAUCUAA